UAAAAUUCGUAAGUGAUAACCAAUGAAACGCCAAGUUCCGCGUCGUUUCACAUGUCAGUCGUUAUUGGAGACCAACACUUGCCACUGCGACCUUCACGAUCAUGACAAGACGUGGACGUUUAGUGCAACUUGGGCUGGUGCUAGUGGGCUGUUCACUAAUCGUAGCGGAGACCACAAGUGUUGCGUAUCUGAGACCACGGACCAAUCGAAGAGAUGCCCAAAGUGAAGUGAGCAAGCCGGUAGCUCUCGGAGACUGGGACCAAGCACACGAAGACGUGACCAUAGUCGACACCGACAUCAUGCCUGACUACUGGGAGCCCCACCUCGACAUGCUUGAAUUGGAUCAUCGGGUGCCCACCAAUGGAGCAGAACCGCCGGAACAGCUCGUCAAGGUGACCGACCGCAAGCACAAGUUCCCAGUGUUCGCCACAAUAUGCUCGCUUGCCUUCCUCGCUACUAUUAUCACACUACUUAUCGUCUGUACAAGCUAGGAAAUGGGCAACCAACUGUUGUUUCAUAAUUGUAU